UUAUUAUUUAGAAAUUCAGAAUAUAAUAAAUACGUAUCUUUUGUCACUUCGUCGAAUUAUUUUUUAAUCAAAAAGUUUCAGUAAUAGUUAAUAGUAAUUAUUUUCCCAUGACUUCAUCAAAAGUUUUCAAAUUAAUUUUUUUAUUAUUGUGUGUGAUUUUGUAUACAAAAGCACCUCCGAGUAUAAAAAAAAAACCAGGCCAAUUAAAGAGGUUACUAUGGUAUUCGGGAUGGACAAAAUUAAAUGAUGUAAACUAUAUAACAUACUUACAAAAAAGUUAUUACGUUCAAAAUUUGAUAAAAACACCUAUACAUAGCAAGAAUUGUAAUAAUAAAACACGAACUUUGACUAUAUAUCUUGGAUGCAUAUACUCAAAAGUUAUGCAAAAUUUUUUUUCAAUUAUUAUAAACUACCAACAAAAAUGUGACAAAAUAUUAAAUAUAGAAUACGAUUUAAAAAAUGCAUACAAUUGUAUUGAAAAACUCAUAAAUAUAAUAUCUAUAUUAAUUGUUCCUAUGGCCAAAUUGAUGAAAGAAGCCAUGAUUGCUUUGGAUUUAAUACAUAAAAAUCCAUGGGGUAGUGACCCAUUAUUGUAUAAACACUCUUAUAACUUAACUAAUUUCCUAGGAGAAAUAGAAACUAUUCAUGACAAAUUAAAUAAACUAGUUAUAAAACGUGAUGAUAUUUCUACAUACGAUUCGACACAAAAUUGUAUAAACUCUUUUUUAAAAAACAUAAAAUCAAAAAUAACACAACAAACUAAUUACUUUUGUGUUUUUGAACCUUAUAACGUGGAUUAUUUAUGGAAUGGUUGGGUUCAAGAAUAUGAAGACAUUGACUAUGGCGCAAAAUUAGAAUUUUUCAAAUUCAUAAACGAAAAAAUUAAAGUAUAUAUCAAGACAACAAUUAUAGAAAAGUAUUUUCAACUGGGGUUUAAAUUUGAUCCAAUCACCGAAGAAACAUUUGUCCCAACACUAAAGGAGCUAAUUGAAUUAGAGUUGGAAUUUAGAGAAACAGAUGAGAAGCCUUCAAUGCCAAUACAAAUAGAAAUUCAUUAAAUUUUACAAAAAAAUUGAUUUUACCUUAUAAUAAUGUAUAAAAUAUUAUCGUUAUCUAUUUAUCAAAAUUCACAUAAUUAUUUUGUAAAACAUUAAAUAAUUAUUAAAACAUAAUAAUGUAAUUUUAUUUUUAAUCACAUU